AUGCCGCAGCUGAACUUCAAGCGAUUACUGGUUGAGUACAAGAAAGUCCAGUCCGCCAUCACCGCCGGUGAAGCACAGGGCAUUCUUCGCUGCGAGCCGGUUGGCGACAACAUGCUCGAGUGGGACGUGGACAUGACCUUCCCUGAAGGCUCUCCGCUACAGACCAGCCUCGACGCUCUCGCCGAGAGCAUGUUUGAUGCGGAGAUGAAGAAGCUGACGCUUAGCGUCCGCUUUCCUGCAGAAUACCCGCUAAGCCCUCCAGAAGUUUGGCUGCGUUUGACAUUGGCUUCUCCGGGUUGGAAUCCCGUGACGGCCAUGCUCAGUGUGUUGGAUGAUGUGAGGCAAUCUUUGCUGGACUCCGGCAUUCAAGCCUACACCACGGUCGCCAUCAGGAAGGAGUAUCCAGAGGCGGCAAUAAAACUCGUGCGACUGCAGUCCGAGCUUUUCCCAACCGUGAAUGGAUUCUGCAAAGACGGAAUGAUUGCCUGCCGGCCUGCCUUAGCUUGCUUCGAGCUGCACUGUUGUUGCAGCAUCUGUGGGGAGCUCAACUCUAGGCUGGAGACCACUGACAAGAUCGGCCUUCCAUUUUCGUAUGCCAACGAGAUCUAUUCGCACGAAGACCUGCGACUUCCGUUGACCUUCGAAGUUACAACACGUGUUGGCAGAAAGACGCACUGUGCGAUCUUCGAAUUCGUCAACGGUUUGCCUGACAUGCACGCACUCCUGCCAAAAUGGCUAAUGGACGACCUUGGGAUUGAUGAGCGUGAGGCUGUCCGCGUUCGCGCUGUGCAGCUGGACCUGAUCACUUCUGUGAAAGUCCAACCGCACAGCGUCGACUUUUACUAUGCGGUGCGGGACAGCGGCCGAGAGGUCCCGUCAUUGCUUACGGAGUCACUCUCAAGAUUCAGUGCUCUUACAGAGGACACUGCUGUCCCGAUCGAUGUUGAUGGCAAGUUCUUCGACGUGCAAAUUUUGACUGUCGAGCCGCGUGGUGCAGUCAGAAUCAUUGACACAGACGUCCAACACCACUUCGAGUUCAAGGUGGACUUUGUCCCAGCCCCCGAUCUCGAGGACGACGCUGCAAAGGAGGAGUACCAGCGGCGUGUGGUCGAAAGCUUGAAACUCAAGCGCGAGAGGUCUGCCACCAAGAAGCAGGAGCUGGAAGACAAGCGGCAAGCUGCACGACAGCAUCGCUUCGCCAUGCUUCGGGCGACCGCAGCAAAAGCAGCAGGGGGAGAAGCAGGUGCCAGUGGAAGCAUCGAAAUUGCUCUUCGCCUACCUGAUGGCUCCAAUGUCAAAGGUGCCUACGCGGAAGGGGCUCCGAUUUCUCAUCUCCUGCUAGCUGCCCUGGACUCUGCUUGGGCGAAGUCCGCAUUGCCUUGGGGAAUCUACCUUCGUAUGGCCUUUCCCAAGAAGGUUCUGAAGGAUGCGGACGUGAUCACCAAGGAGCUCCACAGAAGUAUGCUCAGCGAGGAGGAGGCACCCGAAGAUGAGGAGCUGUUGGCCGUCUUGUCAGAACGGACGCCUGCGGGGACGAGUGACGAACCGGAGGCCUUGACCCCACUGCCCAUGCCAGAGCUAGAUGAAGCAGCGCUGAUGGCGAGGACGCAGAAGGCCUUCGAAGUGCAGCGCCUUAUGCGAGCGGGUUUCAACCAGCAAGAGGCCGAGGAGAAGUUCUCAAAAGGUGAGGUUUUGCCGCCUUCUGAUGCAUCCAGGCGUCCGGAGCCGCUUCCGCCGGCCGGGCCCGCUGCGGCACCCAUUCCGCGCUUGGAGCGCACGCUUUCGGAGGAGGAAGAACGCCUGCGCAAAAUCGAGGUGGUCGUGGUAAGCUUCACAGGAGUGGAUGCGGCGGUGGCGCAGGCAAAUCAUUCUUCGGCUUGUCUCACUGAUCGCCUCUCGCCCAUCUUAUGCGAAGCUGAGCGACGGGCGGAUAUGAGUACCUGCGCGUCCUUGCUUCGAAGAACAAGGGCGCUGGCAGAAUCGCCGGGUCUCCACGACGCCGUGCAAGGUCUGUCUGCCAGGCUGCUGGCCAUCUCCGGCUGUGCUCCCGCGGCGCUGCAGGUUCUGGACCGGUGCGGUUCAGAAGAUGCCUUGGUGCGCGGAGUUCUCGCGGCUUGUGGGGGUGAGCUCCCGCUGCGGUGCGGAGACCUGCAUGCCGGCAUUGCUCCUUUAGCAAGCGGGUCAAAAGCGGCUUUGGCGAUGCAGUACGUCCUUCAGAAGACAGACGCAGGUCAGGCUGACAAGGUGCUCGCCGCCUUGGAAUCCUUUGCUUUACAGGUGUCAUGCUGGCUUCGGCAUGUCGCAAGCGGUGCAAGCACCAUGAUGAUUCGUAAGGAGGAUGCGCUGCCCGGUCGGCAGGAGCCCUUGGAGGUGAGUGCAGAACAUUACGUGCUUGGGACACCUAUGAAAGGGCCUUGGCCAGAAGGCAUGUCAAAGUUUGUAUUUGCCAACGGCUGCUUUUGGGGGAGCGAGAAGGGAAUAUGGCGCUUGCCUGCCGGAAUCUUCUCGACGGCUGUGGGCUAUGCUGCAGGCUUUACUCCCAACCCUACCUACGAAGAGGUUGUGACGGGCAGGACGGGCCACGCCGAGGCGGUUCAAGUCAUCUUCGACCCGGCCCAGAUUGAUCUGGUCGACAUCUUGAGAUGGUUUUGGGAGGCUCACGAUCCCACCCAGUACAUGAGACAAGGCGCUGAUCAAGGCACCCAGUAUCGGAGUGGCCUCUAUUAUUUCGAUGAGGAUCAAAAGGAGCUUUUCGUGGCAAGCAAGAAAGCGUACCAGGACGCGCUGCAGGCGGCUGGGAAACGUGGCGACAUUUCCACAGAGAUUCGAGCUGCUUCAGACUUUCCAGAUGGAGUUUUCUGGUAUGCCGAGGACUGGCACCAGCAGUAUCUGGCCAAGCCCGGCUCACGACCCUACUGCUCGGCCAUGCCGCAGGAGGUCUCUCUUCCUCCGUUUUCCCAGUGGGCGACCCCAUCUCUGACUGCCAAGUUCUGGCCAAAGCUCCCAGAGGCUUUCUGGAAGCAGCAUGGUCCUGCUCCUCAUAGCGUCGUGGAAUCGCCCGACUUUCCAAUUGAGUGGAGCCAGUUUUUGACAAGGAGUGCCGAGCAUGCCGAGCUGUGA